GAGAGGGCGACCCGCGAUCCUAUCCACAUGGCCCGGGCGACACAUUUUGCAGCGCGUCGCGCUCCGCCACAACCUCCAUCGCGCGCAUCGCGACCUCAAGCCUCGACUUGGCCGCGACUGCUCGGCCCCCGCUCACUCCCUUCCGCCUCCUUGCGCACCCUCGCCAUGGUCGUCGUCGUCGCAGCGUCCUCCAUGGCGGCGACCGCGCCGUGCGUCGCCGGGAUGCAGCUGAGCUCUGCUGCCUGUAGCAGCAGCAGCAAUAGCAGCAACGGCGCUGGGUGCCCGUGCGCGCCGGGCGAAGUGUUCUUCUCGUUGCGCUCUGGAUUCAUCUGUCGAAUUGGAACCACAAGCAGUCUACAGUCGGGAUUCGCUGGCAACGUUGGUGAUCUCUCAACAGCGACACAGAUGUCAGCCAUCAAUGGCGGAAAGGCCAGCAGGUCAGUGUCGACCAUGCAGGUGAAGCCAGUGAUCCAGUUCAUCCGCGGAGUCGACGAACGUGUCGUUCCUGAGAUCAGAUUAACACGAUCCCCCAACGGAACCAAUGGCAAAGCCAUUUUUGUGUUUGAUCAACCAUCCGUGUUCGACGCCUCUCGGGAGUUGGGAGACAUCACCGGCCUGUACCUGGUGGACGAGGAGGGCACUCUAUCCACCGUCGAGGUGAGCGCCAAAUUCCUGAAUGGAAAACCCUCGAAGAUCGAAAGCCAGUACGUCAUGCGCAACACCACCGAAUGGGACCGGUUCAUGCGAUUCAUGGAGCGCUACGCGAAGGAGAACCAGCUGGGAUUUGUCAAGAGUUAGGUUAAAAUUUCAUUACUUUGUCUGCAUUUCAACCCCCUCAACACACUGGUUUUGUUCCUAUCACGCUUUGAUGAUCUACCAUGUUUACGACAGCAUUCGAUGUCUCCUUGGGAGACCCUUUGUUUUAUACUUUGUAGAGAACUACUUGUUGCGCAUAACUCUCCGCUGUACAUCAGAGACGCACAUCGUGUAACAAUCCGUAACGGCGAUGUUACUCAGAAAAUCAACUCCACAUGAUUAUUUCCACCCCUUUCA